CAUUGCGCAUGCGCACGCACACCGCACUCGCUGCAUGCAUGCCGAUCUCUCUUCGAGAGUGAUCAAGGGAUAAAGCUCCGUAAGUCGUUUUUCAUCCAUUUUCAGGCAAACCAUCAGUUAUGUAUUGUGGGGAAGACGCUCUGUAUUGCGUUCGCCGACUCUGUAUUUUCCCCGGUAGGGUGGCGGAACAGUGAAACAUGGCCAAAUCGAAGAACCACACCAACCACAAUCAGUCCUUCAAGAACCACAGAAACGGGAUCAAGAAACCAAAGAAGAAUCGUUAUCCCGCAAUGACAGGGGUUGACCCAAAGUUCUUGAGGAACAUGAGAUUUGCCAAGAAGCACAACAAGAAGGGACUGAAGAGACUUAGGAGAGAAGCGAGAAAGAUGGACACUGCGUAGACCCAUCUUAUUGAUUUUAUUCUCUCUGUUACCAUUAUUAUUGAAUGUCUAAAACACCG